AUUCUUAUAUUGUCUCUACCUCCUUUAUUGUCAAUUUAUUGAUGCUGAAGACCAAACUCAUUAUGUUUUUAUUUCUCAAAUCAUGUUUUUAUGUUUUUGCAGGAGGGAAACGAGGUUUUCUUUAGGAUCAAGAGAGUCACCCAGCUGAAGAAGCUCAUGAAUGCCUACUGUGACAGGCAAUCCGUGGACAUGAACGCCAUUGCGUUCUUGUUUGAUGGCCGUCGUCUUCAUGCUGAGCAGACUCCUGAUGAGCUUGACAUGGAGGACGGUGAUGAGAUCGAUGCCAUGCUCCAUCAGACUGGUGGCUGUUGCGGGGGAGGCGUUGCUCUGGCCUGACAGUUCUCCGGAUUUAGAGUUUCAAGAUAAGAUUCGUGUGAUAUGAAUGGCUAAGUAGUUAUCAGCAUUAGGAUUUGCAGACUUGUGUUUUUAUUGUGACCAUUGUUUUUAUUUGCAGACUUAUGAAAUUAUUCUCUUAAUGGUAUUCUUUA